AUGUCACUUCCACAUUACUCAGAUUUAAACGCGACUUGGAACUUUGUCCAGCCAGGAUUAGAAUGUAUCUUAGGUUCAGCAGCCGAUGAAGGUGUUACCCCUAAUAUGUAUAUGAAUUGUUAUACCGCAAUCUACAAUUACUGUAUCAACAAAUCUCGACACGGUUCAGGUGUAAUUUCUUCAGGUGGCAAUGAAAACAAUAGUUAUUCUUUAGCUGGGGCUGACAUUUAUAAUAAAUUGGUUAACUACUUGAAUCAAUAUAUUAGAGGUUUACAUAAAGAAGCCAAUGAGACCUUUUUGGAGUUUUAUGUUAGAAAAUGGACAAGAUUCACUAUUGGUGCAGUAUAUAUGAAUAACGUGUUUGAUUAUAUGAAUAGAUAUUGGGUUCAAAAGGAAAGGGCCGAUGGUAGAAGGGAUAUAUUUGAUGUUAAUACUUUAUCAUUAAUUAAAUGGAAAGAAGAAAUGUUUGAACCAAAUGCUGAUACUUUGAUAAAAGAGGUUUUGGAUUUAAUUGAAAAGCAAAGAAAUAAUAUGGUUGUUGAUACUUCUUUAAUUUCCACUGCUAUUAAAUCUUUAGUAUUUUUAAGUAUUGAUACUCAAGAUUUGAAAAAACCAAAUUUAAUUAUUUAUGUUAAUUCAUUUGAAACUCCAUUCUUACAGGUUACUAGUGAAUAUUAUAUCAAAGAAAGCAGUAAAUAUCUUUCCGAACAUAAUGUGGUUGAUUAUAUGAAAAAAUGUGAAACUAGACUUGCUGAAGAAAUUUCUAGAUCUAAUAAUUAUUUAGAAGAACAUACCAAGAAACCAUUAUUGGAUGCUUUGAAUGCUUCAUUGAUUGAAAAUCAUGCUGAGGAAAUGUAUAGUCAAUUCCUUAUUUUAUUACAACAGAAUCAAAUUGAGCACAUUCAAAGAAUGUAUAAAUUACUCGCUAGAGUUCCUAGAACCUUAGACCCCUUAGCUGAUACCUUAGAAGAAUAUAUCAAAGGUGAAGCUCUCAAGGCAAUCGAAGAAAUCAAAAAAGCAGCAGAUGCACAAGCAGAAAACAAAACUCCAGAAGCUCCUGGUGCAGCACCUACAAGAUCCUCAAGAAAGGCCGGAUCUGCAAGUGCUGUCGACCCAAAAACUUAUAUCAAUACCUUGAUUGAAAUCUACAACCAAUUUAAUGACGUUGUUAUCCAAGCAUUUAACAAGGAUACGAGAUUCAUCAGAUCUCUUGACAAUGCUUGUCGUCAUUUCGUUAAUAAGAACCCAAUAGCCACCCCAACUCCAAGAAGUAAUUGUAAGACUCCGGAAAUUUUGGCCAAAUAUGCCGAUAGUUUCUUGAAAGGAACCAGUAAAGAUGCCGAUAUUGCUGAUAUGAAUGUCGAUAAUUUGAUCAUCGUGUUUAAGUUCUUAAAUGAUCGUGAUGCAUUUGAAGAAUAUUACCGUCGUCUGUUAGCCAAGAGAUUAAUUAAUGGAAAUUGUAAAUCGGAAGAAUUGGAAGAAGGAUUACUUCAUAGACUUCAAGAAGAAAACUCACUUGAAUAUACUUCAAAGAUGACAAAGAUGUUUUCCGAUAUGAAAGCUUCAGAAGAUUUGAAGGCAAAUGUUAAAGAACAUCUCGCAUCUGAAAGUAUGGUCAAAGAAUUCAUUCCAUUGAUUCUUGCUCAAAGUAUGUGGCCAUUCAAACAUCUCGAUGAUUAUAAUUUAAACGUUCCUCCAGAAUUACAAGGUCCAUUUGAAAAAGUUGUCGAGACUUAUGGUUCCAAGCAUUCCGGAAGACAAUUGAAAUGGUUAUGGAAUCAUGGUAGGGCAGAAUUGAAGGCUAAUUUAUCAAGAAAGGGAAAACCACCUUUCUUAUUCACCGUAUCCCAAGUUCAAUUAAUGAUCUUGAUGGCGUUUAACAAGAAGAAUAAUUAUACGUUUGCUGAAUUGCAUGGAAUUGUCGGAACUGCAAGACAAAUCUUUGAAGCCCAUUUGUUACCAUUUACCAAAUACAAAUUAAUCGACCAAUCCCCAGCUGGACCUGUUACCGAUUCAACUACAUUCACUAUGGUUGAAGAAUAUAAAUCCAAGAAAUUAAGGGUUAAUUUCAUUAGUGCAAUCAAAACCAGUGAACCUAAACAAGAAGAAGAUGAAGCAAGUAAAGAAAUUGAAGAAUCUCGUAAGAAUUAUCUUUCUGCUUGUAUUGUGCGUAUCAUGAAAUCAAGAAAACAAUGCAAGCAUAAUGACUUGAUUAAUGAAGUUUUACCUCAAACUUUAUCAAGAUUCACGGCUAAGAUCAUUGAUGUUAAGAGAGUUAUUGAUCAUUUGAUAGACAAAAAGUAUAUCAAGCGUAUUGAUAACAAUAGUUAUGAAUAUUUGACAUGA